UGCUAUCUGAUCAUCAACAGCAAUAGGGAUGUCAACUAAUUUUGUUUAUCCAUCAGAUUACUGAAGAAUAUUGAAUACGUAUUUUUUUUUUUUUGCGUAAUCAAUACAAUAAUCUACAAAACUGUGACGUAGCGAGCCCCCACUACUCAACUUCAAUGCCUAUUAUAUAUUCAAUGCCAUUACUUGUUAAAUUGAAGCAAAUUUUUCUUUUAUAUGACUGCUGGACUAAAUAGAAUGUCUUGUUUUUUACCCAGACAAUAAUCUAUUAUUAUGUUUUAAAUAUAGAUAAAGAGGAUGCAUGGGAGGAAGUGGAUAAGGAUGGAAUCGGUGGUGCUGUAAGCGAAGGCAGCCUCCGAGAGCGCGAUCUCCUCGCGUUACUGAGGAUACUGCCGAUGAGGGAUAUAGUGGCUACAAUACUACGCUUACAUCAGGUGGGUGAUUCACGCGGGUACCAAUGGCAGGAUAGUGGCGGGGAGGGCAUGGUCCGUGCGUGCAGCGGUGUGCGGCUGCUGCUGCACACGCUGUACCGCGCUAUCGGCGCGCACGCGCGGUACACGCGGUUACAGCGCACGCUGCGCGGUGUGGCGGCGGCCGCGCUAACAGCGCUCGCGGCGCUGCACCAACACGCGAGGCAAGCUUUAUUAUAUGACUACCGCCAAGGAAAAAGACGAUAGGGUCAACAAUAAGAUAAAAAAAAAUAUUGUGUGUGGUUAAAAACUUCACAAAGUUUAAAGAUGAUACGUCGAAUACUUUUGCUAAAUAUUAAUUGUUUAUAAUUUUAAAUUCUAAUCUGUGUUUCACAUCAAACGAAACACCAAUCAGAGCGCGUGACGUUAUUUGUUGAUAAAUUGGUAGAAUAACUAUCUACUUAAAUCGCGGAAAAUAUUCAAAAUGUAAAACAAUUUUAAUGAUACACUGAAUUAAAAAUUCAGUUACGAGGGUCAUUUUUGUGUUUUAUUUAUUUAUGAGUUUGACUAAAACCGCAAUAUAUGAUAAUUGUUUUUUUUUUCACUGAAAAUUCCUUUGGUUUACCUCAUAAAUGACGUCACGUGCCCUGAGCCACCGUUUUCGUGGUUUUUACAUUAGUAAUAAGGUUAAAUUAGUAAUAUUUUUUUAGGAAAUAAGUAUCCAUAUUGAUUAAUUUAAAAUAUUUUUAUGAAAGUUGUCGUAUCCCUGAUUCUGAUUUUAACAGACUAUUUAUUGUUCAUGUGUGCCGUCCUACCUAGCUAUUGUUAAAAGGAAAAAUAUCGAUUGCUACUAGAAGCACUAAUAUUAUGGAUCUCGAUAUUAGUUGCUACUGGCACUGAUUUUUGC